AUGAAAGAGCUCAGUUUCCCGGUGACUCGUUUCACCGGGAGUUUUGGAGGUGGGAAGCUGCCUGGGCAUUUUUACCACGCAAUUGACCCUGCAGCGCCAACAGGACUCGUGCAAGAGCAGGGGCUCCACUGGGAGGCUGCGGUUGAGAAUCCGAUUGCGGCGGUGAUUGAUGAAUCAAUCGCCCGCUUUGUAGUAGAAUCGUCUAAGCUGGCUCUCCUCGGUAUGAGUAUUGGUGGUUAUCUUGCUUGUCGCGCAGCAGCUCAUGAAUCGCAGCUCGCGGAGGUUAUCGCCACCUCACCGCUUCCACGUCCGCUUGAGCUAUUUGAAAAAGUAGCCGAGCAGGAUGCGGGAGCUACAGCGUCGAUGCAGCUCAGAAGAACCACUCGGUAA